UUGUGCCAAACUUCAAACUUCAUUAUUUUUAAGUUAUUCAUAAAGAAAACGAUAUGUUCUAUCAGAACUCAUUUUAGAAUUAGACGAUGACGACAACAACAACAACAACAACAACAACAACAACAACAACAACAACAACAACAACAACAACAACAACAACAACAACACCACCACCACAUUAUAUCUUAGACAGUAGCAAGGGGUAACUGAUGUAUGUUUUGUAGGGAAAUAUUUUUAUUAGUUAAUCUAUUAUUAAAUAUAUACAGGUCUACAAAAGAAGUAGCGUUAUUUGUGUAGAGAAGAGCGAGAAAAGGACGAGGGGUUUAUUUGAAUUGGUGUUUUACGCCGUGCCAGCAACUAAGGCUAUAUUACGGCAAGGCAGUCAGCCCUGUAAACAGAUGCCACGUGCAGAGAAAGAAUAGCGUGCCCGAGACGAGAUAUGAACUCUGGGCAGCCAACCUUCACUGUAUUGAGGACCAAAAGCGCAUCGAAAACCUAAAGAUGAGACAAUUCCUGCUUUUGACAGCUGUGUGCUGCCUCGUGUUGCUGCCCCUGUGUGUGGGGGGUAAGAGAGUUGUCUUCAUGCCCAUGCCCUUCACCAGCCACACCAACUACCACACGAACGUAGCGCGGACCCUCGCUCGGCAAGGUCACGAGGUGUGGUUGACCAUGCCCGACUACAUCGUCAACAGGCGGGUGUUGGACACGACUAACUUGACUGUCAUCGAGUACCAGACAUUGAGAAACUUUGAGGAGAUUGCGAUGGCCGCUCUCGCCGGCAACUAUUUUAAAGGAUUGCCUGAUGAUUGGGAUGUGUUUAUGUCUAUUGGCUUACAAUUUUGUGAUACUCUUCUUACAAACGCUUCUUUCUUCCAGAACGUUAAAGAACUGCGUCCAGAUCUUUUCGUUUUCGACAAUUUACGGUUCAUGAACAUGAUGACGAUAAUAUCAUAUAGACUUGGGGUGCCUUUUGCUUUUCUUGGAACAUUUUACGACCCGUACUACCAGCGAAUCCCUUUACAACCUUGCAACAUACCAUUGAUAAUUUUUAGCUACAGCCAUCAUAUGAGUUUUCUUCAGCGAGUUUUAACCACUGUACUUCAUGUAUUUUCCUCUGUGGUGGACGGAUUUUCCUACAAAGAAGCAGUCAGUCGCUAUGCACCAGAAAUGCCUUUCCUUACUAUAGACAUGCUUGUAGCAAGAGCUGAGAUCUGGUUGGUUGAGACGGACCACAUCCUAGACUACCCGAGACCAUCGAUGCCCAAUGUCAAACUAAUUGGAGGAACAGCUACAGGUCAUAGUAAACCAUUGCCACCGCAUUUUAAAUCUUUUAUGGAUGAUGCCAAAGAAGGAGUUGUUAUCGUAUCAUUUGGUAGUUAUGUCCUCAGUCCACCAGAACCAAUUACAAAAAAUAUCAUCAGUGUGUUGCAGGAUUUACCUUUUAAAUCCGUUUUCCGUUCCAACAUUUUGUCACCGAACUCAAAGAAGAUUCUGACGUCGUCAUGGAUACCUCAGAAUGACCUGCUGGCUCACCCCAACACUCGAGUGUUUGUCAGCCAUUGCGGUAAGAACGGUCAGUACGAGGCUGUGUUCCACGCCGUGCCAGUGGUUUGUACGCCGCUAUCUGGUGACCAGUUCUACAACGCUGAGCGCAUGCGCGAAAAGGGCAUGGCAGAGACUGUCGACCUCAACACCGUCAGUACACACGAGCUGCACUCCACCAUUCUCAAAGUGGCCACCAACACGAGCUACAAGCAGGCCAUCACAAAGGCCUCGGAACUGUUUAAAAUCGAAUUCGGUGUUCCUGUGGAGAAAGCGGCCUACUGGCUUGAUCACGUGAUGAAAUAUGGCGGCAGUCACCUUCGUUCGUCAGGACAUGAAGUUCCUUUCUUACAAUUUUCGUGCUGGGAUGUUUAUGCUUUUCUGUUAUCGUUUUUGCUACUGAUACUGCUGAUAUCAGUAUGUUUGGUCUACGUUGCAUUCAACUGCUGUCGCUCGAAAUUAAAGACAAAAAUUGAAUAAAAGUUAGUGAACACGAUUUGAAAUAAGCAAAAUUCCCCAAAAGAUUUAGAUGCUGGCUAAAUUCACAGAAUUGAGAAGAAAAAAAAUCUGUUUUUUUUAAGACACGGCUAAUAAAGUUUUCUCCUGUUUUGCAUUUAACCUUAACUAAGAGCAUUAAACAAUUUUUUUAAAAGAUUUUUUCACCCAAAUAAUCACUAAUAAUUGUUAAAGAAAUAUGGGUUGUUUUAUUUUCAUGUCUAAAGUAUUAUAUAUAUUUACUCUUUAUUUUUAUCUUUGCUGUUAGUAUUUUAAACCUGUAAACAUCUACUAAAACAUGCAGUUUUGCCAAUCUUUUUGUGACAAAUGUACAAAACGUUUGUUUGUAGUCUUAAUUUUUAAUUUUGUAGUCUUAAUUUUUUUUAAAAACUGAAGUAUGCUAGUGUUAAUAAAGGGAUCCUUGCAGAGAUUCUCAAAAAAAAAGUCAUUGUUAUAUGUACAGAAUCAAUUAAGUAUUUGUUCAUUAAUUCAGUUUUAAAUGUGGUGAAAGUUGGUUUUGUUUUUGUCUUUUUAUCGCAAUGGCAA